GCAUUGGAAAGUGCAAGCCGGUGGGUAAAAUUUCUUGACUUAUCGUUCAUUCGUUCACCCUUCUUUCCAAUCAGCACGUGGCCAUUCUUGUCGUCCAGUUGACUGCCACUGUGGAAUCGGUUUUUUAUUAGACUUUAUUUUUUUUUUCGCCAUUGCCUCUACUGCCGCCCAACGUUGAUCGGUCUCACGCAACCAGUCUGGAUUCCCUCGAAGGAUCGCCGAGCGAAAUCGGAGGCAAGGGUGUGCAGGGCAACAAUCUGGACCCAAGCGCAAGAAAGAAUGCUUCGGCUGCCUCCAGCCCCGUAAUGGGAGGUGCCGACCAUCCAUCCGUCUCACCUGCUAUCGGGUCCGAUGGCGGGGGACCUGUCAGGAAGCGCAAUGUUGCUGUAGCAGGGUUGGACAGCUCGCCCGCCGCCAGCAUCGACGAAGUCGAAGAUCCCGAAAACCGUGAUGAAAAGAAGCGACAGCCCGUGAAGCGGGCUUGCAAUGAAUGUCGCCAGCAGAAGCUUCGAUGCGAUGUGAUUCAAGACCCAUGGACUGACUGCUCCCGAUGUCGUCGUUUGAAACUGGAUUGUAAGAUUGAAUCCAACUUCAAGCGUGUUGGCAAGCGCAGUCGCAAUGCCGAGAUGGAGCGUGAGAUCAUCGAGCUCCGCAAGCAGAUCGCUACUGUGCAGGCAAGUGGUAGCACGCCACAGCAGACUCCGACAUCUUUGCCGGCAGUGCAAACGCCAAAGCAAGAAACUCCAAGCCAGGUUGGCUCGGGCGUCUACCACACACCUUCAGCCAUGUCUACCGACCAGUACAUGGGCUCGCACGAAGCUGUCGCAUCUCUGUUGGACCUACGUUCGGGUUUCGAUGGAAGUAAUUAUAUGCGAAAUGGCACCCAUCACUUUAAACGGAUUGAAGACGUGGCUGUGGUGCCGGAGAGGGUGACAGAGCUAUUCAAUCUUUUUUUCACGUUCUACCACCCAUUCCUUCCGUUCCUCGAUCGCGAGCAAUCGCCGGAUGAUUACUAUAAUGCAUCGCCCCUACUUUUCUGGACAAUCAUUAGCGUUGGCGCCCGACGGUACCAAUCGGACACUCAUCUUCUCAACUCUCUGGCCGGCCCGGUGACACGGCUGGUAUGGAGUACGCUGGCGGACAUCCCCCAGAGCUACCACGUCGUGAAAGCAUUGUGCCUGCUCUGCACGUGGCCGUUCCCUACGAGUAGCACCUCAAACGAUCCUACGUUCAUGCUGUGCGGAAUGAUGGUACAAGUCGCCAUGCAGCUUGGUCUGCAUCGGCCGUCACAUACACAAGAUUUCAGCAAGUUCCGGGUGGAGCUUAUUGAGGAAGAGCUUCGUGAUAAGGUCCGGACGUGGGCAGUAUGCAAUAUAGUUGCGCAGAGAGUCGCCACUGGGUACGGUCAGCCGCCAUCUACUCUGUAUGACUGGACACUGUCAUCGAGUGAGUCCAUGGACCCGAACUUCAGGUUGCCGGAGGACAUGAAACCUCGAUUGGAGAUCGAGAAGUUCUGCGACAAGAUCAGCAAGUCACUGUACACGAACCGCAGUGACCCUGUUGGGCUCUGUAGUGACAAGGAGAGGUCGACGUUGAUCUCUUUUCUUUCUCGGGAUUUUGAUGAGUUGGAAAAUCAACUCAAGCCUCAAAGAGACGCUAUUACUGAUCUAUACCUGCGUGCAUCGAAUCUCCAUCUCCACUUGUCGGCUUUCUUCGACGACACUACGGCCAAGAACUACCGCGAACGUCUUCUCUCGCUCUACGUUGCCGCCACCACUUUCCUUGAGGCAGCAAUGACCCUCGAGACUGAAGUUGGGCCAGUGCUCUCGUACACACCGUACUACGUGUACCAGAUGAUGGUCGCGGGAGGUUGUACCUUAUUGAAACUCUGCAAGAGCUUCUUUGCGGCCCAUAUCGAUAUGGACUAUGCCAAGAACCUCUUCAACAGGACCAUCUGGGCGAUUCGGGGUGUCUCGGUUUCCAGCAACGAUCUCCCUGAGCGGCUGGCCGAGGUCCUGGCCCAGAUGUGGCGACUGGGGAAUGCGCCGACACCGAAGUUCGGGCCUGACGGUAGUGAGGUCGAUGAUUCCCUGAUGCUGAAGGUGCGGUGCCGAAUGAGCAUGUCCCUCCUCUUUGACUCUGUGUGGCGGUGGCGGGAAGAUGCGCGGACCAAGGGCCGUAAUAUUGAAGCCUGUCUUAAGAAUCCAACCAACCCAGAUUCCAACGCCGACUCGUCGGCCUCGUCAGGCGGACCGACACGCACGUCGACCGCGACGCCCGGGGUGGCCGGCGCGGACCCCAGUCUCGCGCCGGCGCCUUUGCUUUCCCAACCGGGGAUCAGCGUACCACCCAGCAGUGGGGUCGGGGCCUUACCCAGCGGAUUUAUCGAGCCCAACUAUGAAGUUUUCGAUCCAUUGAACUGGCUUCUGGAUGGAUUGGUGGAUCUCCCGUAUUCAUAUUCCACGAUCUCGGGGAUGGAGUCGCAGGGAAUCGCUUAGUGCGUAGUGGAGUGUGUGAUGCGUUUAUCCAAGUUUAUGACCUUUGUUUCAUGUGUACCAUAUUUAGCGGGAUGACGAUGAUAAUAUCGAGGGUGCGCCGGACCGAGAGCGCUGGAGUUUUCUUUCUGAGUCUGAUAUGAUACCUAUGCGUUGAUCGUGACAUUAUGAUGAGGAAGGUUGUGAGGGGAGGUGUUGUACAUACAUAUUGAUGCAUGUUCUUCUGUUUUUCUUUCCAAGAAUGUCAGAUCCGCUUCAUGUCUUCUCCAACGCAUAGUUCGUUACCUGUUAGUGGG